CUAUUUGGGCUUCUCUAAGUUACAGCCUAAUGGGCAAGCCCAUCUCACUCUCCACCCGGUCCAUUUCUUUCAGAGUCACACAUAUAUAAACUCACUCUAUUCUUCUCUGUCAUCUUGUUCCGCCCAGAAAAACCCUAGUUCAACCGCAUCUUCAGAAUUAGAAAUGGCGAAGUCGAAGAAUCACACUGCUCACAACCAGUCUUACAAGGCUCACAAGAAUGGCAUCAAAAAGCCAAAGAGGCAUCGCCACACUUCCACCAAGGGGAUGGAUCCAAAGUUUUUGAGGAACCAGAGGUAUGCAAGGAAGCACAACAAGAAAAAUGGGGAAGUCGCUUCUGCUGAAGAGUAAAGUGUUGAUCUCUAAUGGGGCUUUUUUGUAAUUUGCAUCUUAGUUUUCGACUUUGAGCUCUAUAUGUUAUGUUGACUAUCUUUGAUAGUGUUUUGAUUUAUUUAGUGAUAUUGUGAUACCCUGUUACCAUUUUUGCUGGUUUUUGUUUAAGACUAAUGAAGUUUUAUUAAUGAAUAUUUAGUUGCUUGUGUUUUUCAA